CCUAUCCUCAUCAUCGUCAUCUUCAUCGUCAUUCCCCAUCGCCAUUUCCCAACCAGUUUCACCAUUCCUUUCUUUCUCUCCCAUCAAUCCGCACAAUGAGCUAGCAGUAAAAACAGCAUUGGCUCUCGAUUUCAAGGACAAGCACAAAUGGACAUGGACAGACCCCAUUUUCGCACUACUGCCAGCACCACCGCCACUGCUAAUGCCUCUGCAACUGCUUCCGCUUCUGCUGCUGCGACUAGCGAGCUCUUCAUCUGUUUCUCUUCUCGUCUCUCGUCUUCCUCAUCUAUGAAGCUCAGUAAGUCCAUUCUCAGCCCCGGCCGGGCCGCCCGCGACUCCGGUCCGGUUUCCCUGUCGUCUUCCCUGAGCCGCCGCCUCCGCACUAAUGGCAGCCUCAAGGGAGGCCAAGCGUCGCCGUUUUUUAGCACUACUACUGGGAGGAAGAGAGGUUGCGGUUUUGAAAAUCCGGAGCCGUCUUCCCCUAAGGUCACCUGCAUCGGGCAAGUGCGGGUGAAGACGAAGAAGAAGGCGAAACAGCAGCAGCAGCAGCAGAAUCGGAGUUUGUCGAGGAGGCGGAGUGGGGAAGUGAGUUUCAGGAAGAUUGAACAGGGUGGGGAGGAAGAGAAGCAGAGGUCCUCCAAUGGCGGAGCGCAGUAUCAGUAUCAGUAUCAGCAACCCCCGCCGCCGCCUCCGCCUCCGCCGCCGCAGGAGUGUCUGCAGCAGCACCGGAAUCAGAGAUGGGUGCAUUUGCCGGUGUCGAUUUGCGAGGCUUUGCGUGGAUUUGGGGCUGAAUUCAGCUGCUUGCUCCCCUGCAGCAAAAGCUCUUGUUUCUCGACGCGGGAGAAGGAAGACGACAAGUGCGAGAAACAGCAGCAGCAGAGCGGAUCGGGCAGCGAGAAUGGGUGUGGGGCUGUGUUUGCGAGGUGGUUGGUGUCGGUGAACGACGGGGAAGGAGGGAGGAGGAGGGAGAUUGAGCUUGUGGUCGGCGGCGGAGACGAGGAGGAGGAAGAAAGGAUGUCGAUGAGGAGGAGGAGGAGCUCCAGAAGGCAUGUGUUCGAAGAUAUUGAGAUCGAGGACGACAGGAUUAAAGUAAAGGGGAAGACCGUCGACGAGAGAGGCGGCGGCGCCGCCGAGGAAGCGGCGGCGGCGGCAAGAGUGAGCAUCUGCAUACCUCCCAAGAACGCGCUCUUGCUCAUGAGGUGCAGAUCUGAUCCAAUGAAAAUGGCGGCCCUUGCCAACAGGUUCAGCUGGGAUGCCCGCGCCGAGAACGACGGCAAUGGCCAUUUUGCAGAAAAGGAAGAAGAAGAGAAUAAGGGGAAGAAUGGGGAAGAAGUAGUUGCAGAGGAAGACGGUAAUGAGUCGUCUGUUAAUGUAGAACAUGAACAAGAAGAAGAGUGUUUUGAAGAAGUCGAUGCUGCAGCUGCAGAGCCUAGUUUACAAUUGGAAGAGGAAAUCGUCGUUCAAGAAGAGUUGCAGGAACCAAAUGCUGUGGAAGACGAUGAGGACAACAAGACAUUGUUAGAAGAAGAAGAAGAAGAAGCAGAAGAAGAAGAAGAGGUGGAGUCUAAUAUGUCAUCUUUUGAAGCUCUGCUUGACCAAGAAAAUGCUGUAGAAGAACCCUAUCAAGAUUGCCUCAUUCAAGACAACCACCACGUCGAAGAUGCCCCAAUUCAUCAUUCCCCUCUGUCUGAAGAAGAAGAAGAAGAGAUUAUUGACAGCAAUCAAGUCCCAUCACCGCCAUGUGUAGCUGCUGUGAUGGACAGAGAAAACGAAGCAACACAAGAAGAAGAUCAAACAGACAGUGAAGAGAACGACGACUCCACCAUCUCUGUAAACAAUGAGGAAGAAGAAAACCGGUUAAAACCUCUUCCAGAAACGCCUGAUAAUGGAGGAGACGAAGAUGAAGAAGCAGAAGAUGUAAAUCCUUGUAAAGAAGAAGAAGAAGAAGCAGAAGUCGAAUUUUCAGAGAAUCCCGACAUUGCAAGCAGCGAUGAACAGCAAAUUGCUGUCCAGAAAGAAAAGGGGGGAAAUCCAGUACUGCCAGAGUGCUUGCUGUUAAUGAUGUGCGAGCCAAAGCUAUCCAUGGAGGUCUCAAAGGAAACCUGGGUCUGCACCACCGAUUUCAUCCGCUGGCUGCCGGAGAGGCCGCGCAAAUCCGCCAAAGCCACCAAUCCCCCCGGCGGCGGCGAUAACGACCCAGCGUCCAAUAGAAGGCUCAGCAUCGACUCCAAAGCAAAUCCUUUAGAUCAGCAGCCGCCACGGUCGUCGUGCUCGUCGAUGGCCACCAUGAUUGAGCAGAAACUGGUGAACGCCGUGGGGUACGAACCCUUCGUGCUGACGAGGUGUAAGUCGGAGCCGAUGAGGUCGGCGGCGGCCAAGCUGAUGCCACUCCCUGACUCUUGUUGUUGGAAGAAUUCGAUGAGGAAGCUGGAGCCGCACCGGGGGGCGCCGCUCGGGGUCGGCGCGGCUGGAGUCGGGUUCUGAGCCGAGCCGAGGAUGAUGAGCUGGCAGAGGAGAAGACUUGGUGGAAAAGUGGGGAAUCUUUUAGAGACCACAAUAGUUUUGCAUUUUCCAGUCUGUAAAUGCUUAAUUUAAUUUCGUUACGAUAAAUUUAGCUGUUCAACUUAAAUUAAAUUCUUCAUUUUCA